CUGACGUGCGUCGGUCCGUCACGUGACCCGAGAGGAAUGCGAACAAUGCAGCGGACUGUUCCAACUGUGAGCUGCUUUUUCUGCUCCAGAGUCUGAAGGGAAGAAGAAAAUGGAGGCUCGUUUCAUCACAUCCACACCGUUCCUCCGUCUUCACCGAACUACAACCGACAAACGGGCUUAAAGAACACAAAGUCGUCUUUUUGAAACUGGGAUUUGAACUCCUCCGGUCCUGACUUCUUCUUCUUCUUCUUCUUCUUCAUGGUGAGGUGGCGACGACCGGCAGCAUCAUGGUUUGGCUCCACGGGGCCCUCGUGACCGGCUGCAUCUCCUGGAAUAAGCUGGAACCAGAGCCUUGAAAAGACGCAACAUGGAACGCCUGUAGUACCGCACCUUUACCUUCAACAUCAUCAUCAUCAUCAUCAUCAUCAUCAUCAUCAGGAAUCACAAAGAGAGACUCGGAGGAAGCGUCACUGUUUAGGGUUAGCAGCUAGAAGAGGAGCUUUGCGUUUCCCCUCUAGAGGAGCACUGAGGCCAUGAGGCCCAAGACUUUCCCAGCAGCCCCGUACGUGGGCAACACCCGCCAGAGGCUCCAGGAGAUCAAGGAGGGUCUGAAGCAGCCGGCCAAGCUGGUGAGCCAGGCCCUGCACGGGGGGGGCAGCUCCCGGACCGACGGCGGCGGCGGUGGUAGAGGCGCCGACUGUAAGAGCGGGAAGGACGCCGCCAGCCGGCAGCAGCAGCAGCCCCGGCCCCCGCAGAAGUUCAACAACUACCAGAAUGCACUGCGGGAAAUCCGCAGGUCCCUCAUGCCCUUUGCCAACGAGUCGGGCCCGUCCCCCGGGUCGGGACACCAGGCCGGCGCCGGGGAGGUGAACCGGCAGAUGCUGCAGGAGCUGGUCAACGCCGGCUGUGACCAGGAGAUGGCGGUGCGGGCGCUGAAGCAGACAGGAAGUAGAAACAUUGAAGCGGCUCUAGAGUACAUCAGUAAAAUGGGUUACCUCGACCCGCGCAAUGAGCUCAUCGUCCGCGUCAUCAAGCAGACUUCACCAGGAAAAGCGGUCAUGCCAAACCCGAUGGACCACCGGCCCCCGUUAGAGGCUCCAGGUGAGGCAGGUGUGAUGCCUCAGUACCACCAGAUGGGGGCUCCCAUGUACGAGGGGCCCGGUGGAUACGGCCCCGAGGGGGAGAUGCCCAGACCUUACAUGAGCGCUCCCCCCGUGAUGAACUACAUGAUGCCUCCGUCUGGUGCGGCGCAGGGCCCGGCCAUGGGAAACCCGAUGGGUCGGCCCCCCAGCAUGGGCGCCUAUCCGCCGGUGAUGGCCGCCCAGAGCAACCCGGCCAAUGCCAUGUACCCGCCGGGGGCCCAGCAGAAGGGCUACCCUUCUAUGGAGCAGCACGGAGCCAUGAUGAGCUACACCGUCCCCGGCCAGCCGCUGCAGCAGCUCCAGCCUCAGCCACCAGGGGGCCCCGUCCCAGGCCCCCACUACGACUACGGCCACGCCCGGCCGCACAUGAUGGAGCCGGCCGGCUACGGAGUCAAGAGGACCGCCUCCUUCCAGAACAAGAUGGCGCCGCCCAUGGGCCAGAGUGUUCCUGGAGGAGGAGGGUACCCGGCUAACCUGUACCUUCCGCCUCACUCCCACCCGCGCCAGGCCAGCCCCACCUCCCACCAGGUCCACAUGAUGUCCCGCUCUCCGGGCGACUUCUCCGACAUGCCGCAGGGCUUGAUGACGCCCUCCAGGGCCAGCCUCAACCUGGACCUGUACGAGCUCCACUGGGCAGGGCCUCCGGGAGCCGAAGGGGCGCCUCAAGCCAGGCAACCUCAGGGCCCCUUCAGGGGAGAGGUGCGUGUGCCCAGCAGAACCAACUCCUUCAACAGUCGCUCCACGGGGCCCAAUGGCGUCCGGCCCGUGAUGGCUGCGCCGCCGCCCACAGCUGGUAAACAGGACCCCUCCCUGGGCCCUCCGAACACCAUCACGGCUGUGACGUCCCCGCCCAUCCAACAGCCGGUCAAGAGCAUCCGCGUGAUGAGGCCGGAGCCCAAGACGGCCGUGGGGCCGUGUCACCCCAGCUGGAUGACGGCUCAGGCCCAGGACGCCGCGGAGCCUCUGGCCUACAUGCCGGAGGAGACCUACUCCCAUGAGCCGGCGCAGGAGCAGCGCUGCCCGCCGCCGCCUUACCCCAAAAACCUGCUGAUGGAGGAAGGAGCCGGGGUCAUGUGCGGAGCCCAGGACCUCGGCUCAGCGGCCAGAAACAGCGGCGGGAGCGCAAAGGCCGAGGAGAGCCAGCAGGUGAAGGAGAAGACGAAGACGGGCAAAGGAGAGAAGAUGGUGAAGGACAAGAAGCAGAUCCAGACAUCGCCCGUUCCCGUGAGGAAGAACGGACGAGACGAGGAGAAGAGGGAGUCGCGCAUCAAGACCUACUCGCCCUUCGCUUUCAAGUUCUACAUGGAGCAGCACAUAGAGAACGUGAUGAAGACCCACCAGCAGAAACUGAACCGCAGGCUUCAGCUGGAGCAAGAGAUGUCCAAGGCCGGCCUGUCUGAAGCAGAGCAGGAGCAGAUGAGGAAGAUGCUGAACCAGAAAGAGUCCAACUACAACCGGCUACGCCGAGCCAAGAUGGACAAGUCCAUGUUUGUCAAGAUCAAGACGUUGGGCAUCGGGGCCUUCGGUGAAGUGUGUCUCACGCGUAAAGUGGACCUGGGAGCUCUUUAUGCCAUGAAAACACUGCGCAAGAAGGACGUCCUCAACCGCAACCAGGUGGCCCACGUGAAAGCGGAGCGCGAUAUCCUGGCGGAGGCCGACAACGAGUGGGUGGUGCGUCUCUACUACUCCUUCCAGGACCGCGACAGCCUCUACUUCGUCAUGGACUACAUCCCCGGCGGAGACAUGAUGAGCCUGCUCAUCCGGAUGGGCGUCUUCCCCGAGCCUCUGGCGCGCUUCUACGUGGCGGAGCUGACGCUGGCCAUCGAGAGCGUCCACAAGAUGGGCUUCAUCCACCGCGACAUCAAGCCCGACAACAUCCUUAUCGACCUGGACGGACACAUCAAGCUGACGGACUUCGGCCUGUGCACGGGCUUCCGCUGGACGCACAACUCCAAGUACUACCAGAAGGGGAGCCACGUGAGACAGGACAGCAUGGAGCCCAGUGACUUCUGGGACGACGUGUCCAACUGUCGCUGCGGCGAUCGGCUGAUGUCGCUGGAGCAGAGCGCCAACCGGCAGCACCAGCGCUGCCUCGCUCACUCUCUGGUGGGAACGCCCAACUACAUCGCACCCGAGGUGCUGCUGCGCAAAGGUUACACCCAACUGUGUGACUGGUGGAGCGUUGGAGUGAUCCUGUUUGAGAUGCUGGUAGGACAGCCGCCCUUCCUGGCCUCCACGCCCACCGAGACUCAGAUUAAGGUCAUUAACUGGGAGAGCACGCUGCAGGUUCCCGCUCAGGUCAAACUGAGCCCCGAGGCCGUCGACAUCAUCGGCCGUCUCUGCUGCUCCGCGGAGGACCGCCUGGGAGCCAACGGCGCCGGCGAGAUCAAGGCCCACCCGUUCUUCGCCCAGAUGGACUUCUCCAGCAACCUGCGGCAGCAGCCGGCGCCCUACCUGCCCAAGAUCGCCCACCCGAUGGACACCUCCAACUUCGACCCCGUGGAGGAUGAGGGUGUCCCCGGGGCCUGGAGCGACAGCGGCGACAGCACCCGGGCUCUGGACACGCUCUGCUCGCCGCACGGGAAGCACCCCGAGCACGCCUUCUACGAGUUCACCUUCCGCAGGUUCUUCGACGACAACGGAUGCCCCUUCCGCUACCCGAAACCGCUCGAGGCCAGCGCCGGCCCGGACGAGGUGGACGGCGAACACGAUGACGAAGAAGAAGAGGAGGAGGACGACGACGAUGAAGAGGAGGAGGGCGAGCAGGGGGAGGGGUGUGAGCCGGUGUACGUGUAGAGCCGCAGACUGAACGGCGUGCGACUACCACAGGUGUUCUUGAGUUUGACUGAUGAACGUUAUCCCCCCCCCCCCCCCCCCCCCCUUUUGUGGAAUCUAUAGCGCGUCCACAAACCUCCUCUGAUCCGGGACCAAGAGACCACAUUCUGUGUGAGACUGACUGCAGACGAGCGUGAAGAAGAGUCAAACCGUUCAGGUUGAAGGAGUAUUUGUUGGGAAUGUAAGAUUGUUUUCUGGUCCCAUUCCUUUUCCAAACCUUCGUGUCUUAAACGGACGACUGGAGCGCUGAUCUUCUGACCGGAGUGGAACCCGAUUUCACCCGUGGAUUUCGCAGGAAGAGGAGGAGACUGAACGAGCAACACGCCUCUUUUCACGGCUGCUGCAAAAAUAAGCUACAAAGACACUUUGCAUGCACGUGCACACACACUCACGUAUUCAGUCAUACAGGGUUUGGGGGGUUUGGGGGGUGGGGGGGGGGGG